AUCAGGCGCAGAACCGAAUCCGAUCAUAAGCAAGUCCUACAAAAAAGGAAGGAAAGGCCCCGAAUUCGACCGAAAUCCGGAAUCACAUUACACCUCUGCAGAUUUGUAUCCUGCUCCCGCAUUCAACCGGGGACUAAAAUCGGAAGCAGAUCAUCAUCAUCAUCAACGCGAGGCCGCCGUCCGACUCAGCCAACCAACAACAAACCCCACCUCCCAUCCCACGUCCCGAGGCCGUCGCUCGGCGCGGUUCCCUCACCCAUCUCGGAUCCGCCCGACCUCACCGCCGCUCUCCCCCACCCACCAACCUCGCGCCGCGCCGCGCCAAGCCCAGGCCCAGGCCCGCCGCUUCUCCCCGGAAUCCCGGAGCCGACCGCGCGCCCUACCUCCGCCGCCGCCGCCGCAUCCAGGGGCCGAGGUUUGCGGGGCCAUGCCGAAGAAGAAGCCAGUGGCGGCGGGCCUGACGGAGCCGGCGGUGCCGCCCAGGGCGGCCAGCGGGCGGAGGUACAAGGCGCUCGUGCCGUGGCGCUUCCAGCCCGGCUUCGCCAGGCGCCAGGCCAACAUCCCCGCCGCCGCCGCCACGCCCAGAGGACUAAAAUCAGAAGCAUCUUCUGGUGCCAAGGGCUGCGGAUCCGCGCCAGCCAGGGGCGCGGGAGGCCAGGGGGAUCUCCAGCUGAGGCGAGGCACGCGCAGCGCAGCCGCCAAGGGCUCCGAUGGCGACAAGAUGGAGAGUGGCGAGUCGAUGACACGCAUAUUGGUCGUGGAUAGCUCCGAUGGCGGCAUUGUGGUCGUGGAUAGCCCCGACGGGGGCAAACUGGAGAAUGGUGCCGCAGAGGAUUGCCAGUCGAAGAGAGGCGCACUCGGUGAAGCUGCGAAGACCUCUGCUGUCAGCACCCCUCUCAGCGGUGCCGGAAGCGACAAGAGAGCCACUCGCAGUGCGGCCGCGAGGAGCUCCGAUGCGGGGAAAGUGGAGUCCGGCCCUCGCAGCGGUGCCGAAAUGGAUGGCCAGUUUAAGAGAGAGACACGCAGUGCGGCGGCGAAGAGCGCCAGUGGGGGGGAAAUGGAGAGCAGUGCUCACAGUGGCGCCAAAAAGGGUUGCCAGUCCAAGAGAGGCACAGACAGUGCGAUCGUGAAGAGCUCUAGUGGGGAGAAAUUGGUGAAUGGCGCUCAUGCCGGUGCCCAGAAGGAUGGCGGUGAGAUCUGCAUGUCCGAGGGCUCAGAGAAGUCCCAUGUGGACGAGAGUGUGACCGUGAAGAGCUCUAGUGGGGAGAAAUUGGAGAACAGCGCUCACGCUGUUGCCCAGAAGGAUUGCGGUGAGAUCUGCAUGUCCGAGGGCUCAAAGAAGUCUCAUGUGGAUGGGACUGCGACCGUGAAGAGCUCUAGUGGGGAGAAAUUGGAGAACGGCGCUCACGCCUUUGCCCAGAAGGAUGGCAGUGAGAUCUGCAUGUCUGAGGGCUCAAAGAAGUCUCAUGUGGACGGGAAUGCGACCGUGAAGAGCUCUAGUGGGGACAAAUUGGAGGACGGUGUUCACGCCGUUGCCCAGAAGGAUUGCGGUGAGAUCUGCAUACCCGAUGGCUCAAACAAGUCUCAUGUGAACAGGAGUGGGUUAAAGAGAAGCUGUUCUGCUGCAGAUCUUGUGGGGGAGGAGCCGGAGGGCACGGGAAACAGGGCUGCCAAGAAGUUCAAUGUAGCAGCCAAAGGGUGCAGCUCUGCUGGUCCUGUAGGCAAUGACAAUGUCAGUUAUUGCCGUAAGGGGCGGAAAGAAAUAGUGCCAUGGAGGUUCCAGAUUGGGUACAAGCGGUCAUUCUCGACAGCUUUCUGCUCCAAUGGUGGAUCUCCUGAAACUCCGGAAUACAGGGCUCAAGGCAGCUCAACACAGUGCACUUCAGGAACUAGGAGUACUGUGAGGUGCUACGCAAGUCCCCAUUCUGGUGUUAGAGUUUCAGCUGUGCGCAAUUUCUCCUCAGGGAAAGGUGAGAAGGAAACCAGGACUGCGUAUAAAAAGAUGAGAUCUGACAACAAUGAUCAUAAUCAGGGAAUGCCAGAAACUGGAGUUUCUUCUGCUAGGAAAACCGUCAUGACAAAUUUGCAGGAUUUUCAGUUAAUUUACAAGAAGCUUUUGCAUGAACUUGACAAGUCAAAGGAAGCACUUGACCUACAAGCUUACAAAAUCUUCAGAGACAGGUUCCCUGUACAAUAUGAUGAUAAGAGAUAUGUUGGCAAUGUGCCUGGAGUCCAUGUUGGUGAUAUCUUUCAUGUAAGGGUUGAGCUUUGUGUUGUCGGUCUUCAUCGCCCACACCGGAUAGGGAUUGAUCAUAUGAAGGACGCCAAUGGUACUUGUAUAGCUGUUAGCAUCGUGGCAUAUGCACGGUUUUCUGAUAUCAAGAAAAAUUUGGAUGCCUUGGUGUAUUCUGGAUCAACGACAGCUACAAUCAAUCAGAAGAUAGAUGGUACCAAUCUUGCACUGAAGAAGAGCAUGGAUACUAACACACCAGUCCGUGUUAUCCAUGGCUUCAGCACUAAGGGAAACGGCCAACGGAAGAUGCUUAUAUAUGGGGGUUUAUAUCUGGUUGAGAAAUACUGGAGGGAGAGAGAAAGCGAAGAUUGUUAUGUUUAUAUGUUCCGCCUGAGAAGAAUGGCAGGGCAGAAACAUAUUGACAUUGAAGAGAUUCUGAAAUCUGCACACACUGAACCAUAUGAUGGUGUUAUCAUGAAAGAUAUAUCCCAAGGGCUGGAGAGAAUCCCGAUACCUGUUGUAAACUCAAUAUCUGAUGAGUGCCCAAUGCCCUAUGUCUACAUGUCACGCCUGAAAUACCCUCGUAACUAUCAGCCAGCUCCUCCAGCAGGCUGUGCUUGUGUAGGUGGAUGUUCAGCCUCAAAACGGUGUGCUUGUGCAGCGAAAAAUGGUGGGGACAUCCCUUUCAAUGAUAAAGGCCGUAUUAUAGUAGCGAAGCCUCUUGUUUAUGAGUGUGGACCUUCUUGCAAGUGUCCUCCUACAUGUCAUAACAGAGUCGGUCAAAAAGGCAUGAAAUUUCGGCUGCAAAUCUUCAAGACCAAAUCAAUGGGUUGGGGCGUGAAAACCCUGGACUUUAUACCAUCUGGAAGCUUUGUUUGUGAAUAUAUUGGCGAAGUUUUGGAUGAUGAAGAGGCACAGAAAAGGAUGACUGAUGAGUACUUAUUUGCUAUAGGGCAUAACUAUUAUGAUGAAGCCCUUUGGGAGGGUCUGUCAAGAUCUAUACCCUCACUUCAGAAGGGUCCUGGUGAAGAUGAGGAUGCUGGUUUUGCUGUCGAUGCUUCAAAUAUGGGCAACUUUGCAAAAUUUAUCAACCAUAGUUGUUCACCCAACCUUUAUGCACAAAAUGUCCUCUAUGAUCAUGACGACAAGAGUGCGCCUCAUAUCAUGUUCUUUGCCUGUGAGGAUAUUCCACCCGGUCAAGAGCUAGCAUACCACUACAACUAUGCAAUUGACCAGGUUCAUGAUGCCAACGGUAACAUCAAGAAGAAGAAAUGCCUUUGUGGUUCUGUAGAGUGUGAUGGCUGGCUGUAUUAGGUUUAGAGUGUGAUGCCUUUGUGCCUCUAUGGAAGUUACUGUAUUAUCAUUCAUCCUUCUUCUAGCUUUCUGUAUGUCCAAUAAGUAUCAUCAUUUAGGCUUCAAAAGAGCGCAAGGUUUCCCUUA